GUACAUAACAAGAAACAUAUGCCAAAUAGCCGAAAAGUCUAUAAUCUAAAUGGUGUGCUCAAUUAAGUCUAGUCUUUCAUAGAAGAAGUAGCUGCAAAGAUAUACCAUUCCUAUUCUUUCAUUAAGGACUAGCUUUGGAAGUUAAACCAUGGAGGCAAUGUAAAUCUUGCUUAAACCUCUCUUCCACUGUUUCAUCUUUACCUUUCUUUCUCUUUCAUUUUAAGCUACCCUUUACAGCUCUACAAUGGUCCCUCAUCAAGGAAAAACCCAUGAAGACCUACCUGCAGAAGUGGCUCAAAUUGUGACAGAAGAAGAAAGAGAUGUGGAAGUCAGCAAUGAAACCAAAGAAAUGGAAGGAAAAGAUGAAGAAGUCUUGAAUGAAGCCAAGGAAAUGGAAAAAGAUGAUGCAGAAGUCUCAAAUGAAGGCAAGGAUAUGGAGAAGACAGAGGAGAAUGAGUCUCCAAGAGGAGUGCUUGAUAUUGUUAUUACAGGUUCAGAGUCUGAUCACAGCAGCAUUAUAAGCAGCAGUGGUAGCAGCAGAAGCAGUUUCAACUCAUCUUUAGAUGACAAGUUGCCUGAAAAUAAAGAUGUUUCUUCAUUUUCAUCAUCAUCAGAGCAGGAAACUAUUAGUGACCAGAAGAAGAAAGUAGUUUCUGACAAUACCAGCAAGAAGAAAUCAGUGUUGAAAAGGUUGUCUUCAAUUUCAUUGUUAAGGUGGAAGUUUGGGAAGAGCAGUCAAGUUUCUGAAGAGGCUGUUGAUCAUGCUGAUGAUCUUGUUAUGUUGCCAAAGCCUUCUUGGAGGAACUUCACUUUUCAAGAACUUGAAGCUGCUACCAACAAUUUUAACCCUGCUGAGUUGCUUGGCAAAGGGGGGCAUGCAGAAGUGUACAAGGGAUGCUUACCAGAUGGUCAAGUUGUCGCGGUGAAAAAGAUCACGAAGAAGGCAAAGAAAGAUGAGAACCGAGUUGGCGAAUUUUUAUCUGAGCUUGGGAUUAUUGCACAUAUUAAUCAUCCAAAUGCUGCUAAAUUAAUAGGCUUUAGUAUUGAGAAUGGACUAUACCUUGUCCUCCAAUUUGCCCCCAAUGGCAGCUUAGCCACUUUACUACACGGUUGUCCAGAGAGGACCAUAGAGUGGAGCAUAAGAUUUAAGGUAGCAAUCGGGGUAGCUGAUGGUCUGAAGUAUCUGCAUUCCGAUUGUCAGAGGCGAAUAAUCCAUAGAGACAUUACAGCCUCAAAUAUACUCUUGUCCGAAGACUAUGUGCCUCAGAUAUCCGAUUUCGGGUUAGCAAAGUGGCUCCCGGAGAAGUGGAUGCAUCAUGUAGUAUCGCCUAUUGAGGGCACUUUUGGAUACAUGGCUCCAGAGUAUUUUAUGCAUGGAAUCAUUGAUGAGAAGACGGAUGUAUUUGCUUUCGGAGUUCUGUUAUUAGAGCUCAUAACCGGGCGCUGUGCUGUUGAUUCUUGUCGACAGAGCCUUGUUAUGUGGGCAAAAUCUCUGCUGGAGAAAAACAGUGUGAAGGAACUAGCGGAUCCUCGACUAGGCGAAGAUUAUGACAUGGUGGAUAUGAAACGAGCCAUAGCAACAGCUACAACAUGCCUUCAUCAUAUGCCAAAACUAAGGCCAAACAUGACCAGGGUGGCUCAACUGCUGAGAGGUGAAAAUGGAGGAUUAGAGAUGAAACAGAGGUCAAUGGUACUGGUGGAUGAUUAUGACUUGGAAGAUUAUACUUGUACAACUUACCUUAAGGAUCUUAAUCGUUAUAAACAACUUCUUUUGGAGUAAUAUAAUUUAUAUUAAUAAUAAUAAUUAAUUUUCCUUAUUUUAA